AUGAAGUUUGAGAAUAUUCUUGCUGAUAUUAAUGGAUUUGGAAUAUUUCAGAAAAUGAUCAUCGUAAUCAACUUCAUUAGCCGCUUCACUUUGCCCUGCCACUUCUUGCUAAACAACUUCAUAGCAGCUAUUCCCUCUCACCACUGCGACAUCAGCUCUCUGGAUGAUGGAGGUAUUUUUAGUAAUUUAUCCCUGCCGGAGAGGCUCACUGUUAGCAUCCCAGUCCAGGAGGAUGGGAGUCUGAGCUCCUGUAAGAUGUUUGCAGAGCCUCAGUAUCAACUGCUGUCCAACUCCUCCGACAUUACUGACCUACCUACAGUGUCCUGCCAGAAUGGAUGGGUGUACGAUAACAGCACUUUCAAGUCUACUCUGACCUCACAGUGGGACCUGGUGUGUGAUAAAAGAGGAGAAAACAAAGCAACUGCUACCAUCUUCUUUGUUGGAGUGAUGUUUGGAGCCAUGUCCUUUGGGAGUCUGAGUGACAGGUUUGGCCGAAGGAUCAUGCUGCUGGUGUCAUAUGUGUCAGGAAUGCUGUUUGCUGUUGCAAGUGCUUUUUCUUCAUCCUACGUGAUGUUCACAGUACUGAGGUUCUUCACUGGGUUUUGCAUCAAUGGCAUUGUGAUUGUCUCAUCAGUCCUCAGCGUGGAGUGGGUAGACAUCGAGCACAGGAAGCUGGUGGGAGUGAUUGACAGCUUAUCCUGGACGUUUGGGUACACGGGAUUUGCAGCUAUUGCUUACUUUGUGACUGAUUGGCGGUGGCUGACUGUUAGUGUCACCUUACCUAUAAUCUUGGCUAUCAUCACCUGGAGGUGGAUACCAGAGUCAGCCAGGUGGCUCAUUGCCAACGGAAAGCUGGAACAAGCUCAGACCUAUUUGAAAAAAUGUGCCAAGAUAAAUCUAACAGAGGGGUUAACCGACAACCUUAAUACAGAGACAUUGUCCAUGAUUGUGACAGAGAAAAGAGAUCGGGUUUAUUCCUACCUUGAUCUGAUACGAACACCAAAAAUGAGGAAACUGGUCCUGCGUACUGGCACACUUUGGUUCUGUGUGGCAACGGCAUUUUAUGGUAUCAGCUUCAACGUCACAGGUUUUGGGCUCAAUAUCUAUCUCACUCAAUUUACCUACGCUGUCAUCGAGCUCCCAGCCAAAAUAUCAGUUUACUUCUUACUGGAUAAGAUAGGCAGGAGAAGUACCGAGGUAGGAUCUCUACUGUUGGUUGGAGUCUGUCUCGGAAUCAACAUCAUGGUACCUAAAGAUAUGUCGAUUGUAAGAACAGUGGUAGCAGUUAUUGGCAAAGGUUUUUCCUCUGCAUCGUUUGCAACUGUUGUACUGUAUAGCUCAGAGCUAUAUCCCACUGUAGUGAGGCAGAAUGGUAUGGGCUUCAACUCCUUCAUGGGUCGAUUUGGUGUAGCAGUGGCUCCUCUGAUCCUUCUUCUGGAUGAGAUGUGGAAGCACCUCCCGCAGCUUGUCCUGUGCUCUGCAGCUAUACUGGGGGCAAUUGUAGCAAGAACACUACCAGAGACGCAUAACAGGUGCCUGCCAGAGACCAUACAGGAUAUUGAAGAGCAGUCACGGGCAUGAGUGCAUAUUCAGCAACGUUUUUAAUAAAACAAAAACAAUGAUGACAAUAUGUAGCCCACAGUCGGUUUUGUGUGACUUAAUGUGCAAUUUAAAGUUCAGUAGGUUGAAAGG